GUCGUUCGCCGACCAGAUCAUCAGGCGUGUGCAGGCUCGCACACAACACAUGCUUGAGCCGGCUCACUGCGCAGGGUUCUUACUGAACCCCCGCAGGCGACACGUUCGCUACUUUUCGGGCCAGGUGGAGCGGUACGAUGCUUGGCUUGUGGGGCAAGCCAAGAGGUACAUUCUGAUGCAGACGGGAUUCGAGUUGAAGGGUGCGGAGUAUAUCCUUGCAUGUCGGCAGUUUGAGGACUUCCACAUUCAGCAGGGCAGGUUCGGGGAUUGGGGCGGGCCGGAGGGGCGUGCUCGUGGGCGCGCGUGCAGCGAGGACAGCGAGACGAUUGAGUGCGCGUCUUGGUGGUCUCAGUUCGGGUCGGGUGCGCCAGAGUUGCAGCGUUGCGCUCUUCGGGUGAUGCACAUGUGGUCUUGCGCCUCUCCAGCGGAGAGGAACUGGGCAGUCCACGAGGGCAUUCACACGAAGAAGCGCAACCAGUUGGCCUUCGAGAAGGUCGUUCAACUCGUUGAGAUCACCGUAAAUGUGCGGUUGACUGAGUGUCGGCGGGCUGGAUGCGGUUAUGUGUUGCCAUGGCAGCGGGACGAGGGCAUGCUGGAUUGCCAGGCAGGACUCGAGUUGGAGCCUGUGCGCUUGGGGACUCGCAGGGGGAUGACGGAGGAGGAGAUUGCUCGUCAGGUUGCACUUGUUACCCGGGAUCCCAUCGGGGCGUCCGCACCACCAUCGGCUGAUGCCAUUUUCGAUAGACGUGCUUGCAUUUUUCGGCCCUACCCCAGGGAGGACGACUCAGACGAGGAGCCGGCACCCGAGGCGGCAGAUGACCCUUCGCUCCGCAUUCCCCGCAAGAUCGACGAGACGCACGAGGAUCCCGACUCCGAGGAGAUGAGGGCACACACUGCAGGACGGGCAGCGGACCGGGCGGAGAGGGAGAUGCUGGGGGGAGACGAGGACUUUUGGGGCCCAUUCGGUGAGGUCGCUUCCACAGGCGGCCCAGAGGCGCAGGCGACGACCCCCACUCCGACAACGCGGGAUUCGUCCAUGCCGCCACCUCCUGCUCCGAGUCCUGCACCACCAUCGCCGGACAGGGAGGAGUUGGGGUCCUCUUUGCCUCAGUGCGGCCUUCUCCACAGAGGCGGGGCAGUUCGCCAGCUUAGGUUACGAUCACCUUCCCUAGGGAUAUUGCAGGAGGAGGGGGCACCGUUGGCAGCAGCAGUGGAGAGUUCGGUGGCACCAGCCGUGCCGGACCCGACGAUCGCAGUCGUGGUGGAGGAGAUAGCAGCAGCAACAGCAGCAGCAGUGCUGGAGGAGGAUCCACCAUCGGCAGGAGGAGAUGCAGCAGUGGAGGGGCAGGUGGCAGCAGCAGGAGGAGCAGGUGGAGGAGCAGCAGCAGUGGAGGUUGAGGUGGCAGCAGCAGUGGAGGAGGAGGAGGCACCGUCGACAGCUGCAGUGGAGGAGGAGAUAGCCGCACAGGCCGAGGUGCAGCGUGGGGGCGAUGACGAGCGCCUCAUGCAGCAGUUCCUCACGGAGGAGCUCGAUCCGGUCAUAGCAGGUAUGACCCCGGGUGUGGCGAGGGGGUUUGGGAUUUCAUAUUCGGAGAUGGGGACCCACUUAGACUUAGAUUUGUCGAUGGACCUUCCACCUAGUUGCGGCGGGGCAACAUCGACGGACCGGGCUCCAUCGAGGGACGAGGCGCCAGGGCAGACUUCGACGCAGACCGCGAGAGAGAGGACGACGACUGAGUCUCCAGAUGCAGCACACGACAUCAUGGAGCGAGAGAGGGCUCGACUUUUGGCAUCGACUUACCCGCGUGCUCAGGCGUUCGCACGGGCCGUAGAGGAGGCCUGGCAUCGAGAGAUAGGGGGGGAUUGUGUGCAGGGUGGGGUGGUGGCAGGGGAGGACGUUGCGGAGGGAGUGGCAGCAGAGCCGGUACCCGAGGCUAUGCCGGGUGGAGAAGAGGCAUUGCUGUGGAGGGACGGCCUCAGGCGCCACUUUGCUCCGCAGGACGUCCGUCGUCAUUUGGAUGCAGAGGAGUUGGCGAGAGAGGUUGUGGGCGAUGUUACUCGAUUGGACCGACGGAUCUUCGACCGGAGGCUCGAGCAUCCAGCAUGGCAGACGAUCCCUUCGGUUCCAUGGGGUCUUGCAUCGCCCGUGUGGUCUGGGUCUACCUCCACCGGAGGACAUACCGUGGGACAUGUUCCAGGGGUUUCAGGUGGCGUGACGGAGACAGCGCCACGCACAGGAGACAUGCCACCCCCUCCUUCCAGAGCACCUGUAGGUGAUCCAUCAUCGUCGCCCACAGGCAGAGGCUCUCGAUCCCCACACACGCCUGGGAGAUGUAGGAUUCGUGACACGACAGCAGUUCAACAGGACGUGUGUGACACGAUGAUAUUCGGGAGGACAGACAUAGAUUUGGAUUCCACCCGCCGUGUCACGGAGCACACUGCACGCCUUCAGCUGGGCUUGGGAGGAGGAGGCGCCAGGACGACCGCGGCGAGGGAGGUACCGGCAUCAGGUUGUGAGCCUCAGCGAGGUUGCGGCAGAGGAGUGUCCACCGAGACCUUGGAGUACGCUCUGAGAGCAGCGACGCGUGCCGUGCAGGAGCAGACUCCACGCAAGCAUGGAGUGCCUCCUUGUCCAUGCCCUGUGCCUGCAGAGGGAGGCGCAGCACUUGGAGAGAGUUCGGGGGCGGAGGGGUUGGGGAUGCCUCGUGGAUCCCGCCGUGAGCAGACCAUUGCAGAGGCUAGUGCGAGGGUUGCUGUGUUGAGGAGGGGAGGAGGCCCAGUCACCAUCGAGGAGGAUGAUCCUUAUACGGAUGCGGCUGUGCGGGAGGCGGACGAGGACUAUGAGGGCGAGGAGGGGGGAGAGGAGGAGAGCAGGAGCGGUUCCGAUGGUGACGACGACAACGACUACGAUGAGCCCCCACCUCCCCCAGGACCCCCACCGACGCGCGCAUCUAGACGCUCCGCUGCACGGACUUCUUCAUCCUCACGAGGGAGGAAGAGGUCGACAUCCGGCACUCGAGGGGGUACGAGGAGACACAGCGGGAAGGAGAAGAAGGGUCGUUGACCGAUGAGGCCAACACUCCGCUUCUCCCCUACUCGCAUUGUACGUCG